ACAGUAGAUAUGUUCAGUAGGAGCAGGGACAGGAUAUGAUAGUUGUAUGAAAUGCUCUACUUUGUUUAUUCUCUUUGCAGUGUUAUAGAAAACAAACAAGUUUAACAUGAGAGACACCUCCUCUCAGACCUUUUAUUUGUUUUCAGACAGUCCUGUUUAAUAGCCUAACCUUUGUUGAACGGAUAGCGUUAUCAAUAGCCAAGACUACUGCUGGAUUACUUGACGAAAGAAAUAUACACUUAGCUUGGUCUAUAUAUGCAAUCGGUUGGCUAUUUGUUUGCAUUGAAGUUGCGGUUUGGAGAACGAAGCGCAGAACCUGGUUCAAGGCGUAUGCCUCUCCGAUAAGUUACACGUGUUGCAAAGUACAAGGUUCUCUCAUGAGCCUACACCAGGUUACCUCAACAUUAGAGUUCUUCUUCAUAGGCCAAUCCGAUAUGAGUUGUGGUUGGUCCUAAAGCGCACACGUCUCUCCUCUUUUUGUGAAGAUAUCUAUUUUAUUUUAUAUUUUACAAGAUGUCGUGUCUUUUGCUUGGAGUUAUUAGAAGACGGGGUGGCGUGGGGGCAUCUGUGGGGGUCCGCUCCCUGGCCUCGAUCCCCUCUCUGCCCCCAGCGGUGGCUGACUUUGUGAAGGGGGCGGUGGAUGAGUGCAAGCCUGCCAAUGUGCAUGUGGUGACGGGGAGUGCAGAAGAGUCGGCCCACAUCCUAGCUGGCCUGGAGAAGGAGGGCAUGGUGAAGAAGCUACCAAAGUAUGAGAACUGCUGGCUGGCACGCACAGACCCCAAGGAUGUGGCUCGCGUGGAGAGUAAGACGGUGAUCGUCACCAAGAACCAGAGGGACACCAUCCCCACCCCCGGUGGGGGGGCUAAGAGCCAGCUGGGCAGCUGGAUGAGUGAGGGUGACUUCCAGAAGGCCAGGAAGGACCGCUUCCCAGGCUGCAUGGCAGGUCGAACCAUGUAUGUGAUCCCUUUCAGUAUGGGCCCGGUGGGCUCUCCGCUGUCUAAGUUUGGCGUGCAGGUGACGGACUCGCCCUACGUGGUGGCCAGCAUGGGCAUAAUGACACGCAUGGGCACCCCAGUCAUGGACAAGCUGUCACAGGGGGCAGAGUUUGUGCGCUGCCAGCACUCCCUUGGGCAACCUCUCCCACUGAAAGCUCCCCUGGUCAACUCGUGGCCGUGUAGCCCAGAGAAGGUGCUGAUCUCCCACCUGCCAGACACCAGGCAGAUCCUGUCUUUCGGCAGCGGCUACGGAGGCAACUCUCUGCUGGGCAAGAAGUGCUUCGCUCUGCGGAUCGCCUCGCGCAUCGCCAAGGAUGAGGGCUGGCUGGCCGAACACAUGCUGAUCCUGGGCAUCACCAAUCCUCGGGGAGUGAAGCGUUACGUGGCGGCGGCGUUUCCAAGUGCUUGUGGGAAAACCAACCUGGCCAUGAUGAAGCCUGCGCUGCCUGGCUGGACUGUGGAGUGUGUGGGAGACGACAUCGCCUGGAUGAAGUUUGACAGCCAGGGUAAACUCAGGGCCAUCAACCCAGAGAACGGCUUUUUCGGCGUGGCUCCUGGCACGUCCCUGAAGACCAACCCUCACGCCAUGGCGACCAUCGCCAAAAACACAGUGUUCACCAAUGUGGGCGAGACCAGCGACGGAGGGGUAUGGUGGGAGGGAUUGGACCCCCCUGCUGCAGGGGUCUCCCUGACCGACUGGCAUGGCAAAUCCUGGAAAGCAGGAGACUCUGCCCCGUGUGCCCACCCCAACUCCAGGUUCUGUACCCCGGCGGCCCAGUGUCCCAUUAUCGACCCCCAGUGGGAGAGUGACGAGGGAGUGCCCAUCGAUGCCAUCAUCUUCGGGGGCAGAAGGCCAGAGGGUGUCCCACUGGUGUAUGAGUCGUUUAGCUGGCGUCACGGUGUGUUUGUGGGAGCCUCUAUGAGGUCUGAGGCCACAGCAGCCGCUGAGUACAAAGGCAAGGUUAUCAUGCAUGACCCCUUCGCCAUGCGCCCCUUCUUCGGCUACAACUUCGGUGACUACCUGGCCCACUGGCUCAGCAUGGAGACCCGCAAGGCCCCCACCCACCUGCCCAAGAUCUUCCACGUCAACUGGUUCCGUAAGGACCCCACGUCGGGCUCCUUCCUCUGGCCAGGCUUCGGGGACAAUGCACGCGUGCUGGAGUGGAUCUUCAAGCGUUGCGGCCGCGAGAGGGAGGACGAGGCAGCAAAGAAGAGCUUGGUGGGCUGGGUGCCACAGGAGGGAGCCAUCAACCUGCAGGGCCUGGGCAGCAAAGUGGACAUGGGGGCCCUCUUCGACCUGCCCAAGGCCUUCUGGGAGAAGGAGACCCAGGAGCUGCGGGCAUACUUUACCCAGCAGGUGGGAGCUGACCUCCCCCAACAGGUGGAGGGAGAGCUGAAGGCUCUGGAGGACAGGGUCAGGAAUGGAGAGGCAUAGAGCCAGAUGAGUCGGGGUUGAAGGGAGAAAGUUUAGACUAUUGGACAUUACACUACACUGAUGUUGCAAUAUGGUGGGGAUGGGUAGGGUGGGGG